GAGAGGGCGGAGUAGAGGGAGGGGUGCAAAACACGAGAGCGCAUGCUGGCCUGCCGUGCUGCCUGCACUCUGUUACCUGCGGGUGCGAUAGUGCAUUGCCAAUGGCGACACAUGCGGUCCAGAUGUUAGGAAUUUCGUGUGAUCCGUGAAGAAUGCUCCACUCCGCCCGCCACCGUGAACUGGAUUUACCUGUUUAGGAAACUCAACUGAGUCACGAAUAGGAGAGAAAGAGGAAAGCAGUUAGGAGAGACACUGUUCACCUGUUGAGCUUCGAAAGUUCUUAUCGCAACGUCCACUGUGGACUCGCCGCGGGGCUGGAGGACUAACUCUGGGGAUUGACACCUGCUCGGGGACUUAAUUUUCAGGCUGCCCUCACGGAUCUGCUCAGAUCACCGACCGUCACCGGACCAUCCGCUUGCGUGGUACCAUAGGGUCGGGGCCAAACUGGGCCGAAACAAUGUUCCGAGGUGGCGUGGGCAUGAGGCAUUGUCUGCUGCUCAGUAUCCUGGUCUGUGUGUAUGGAGGGUUCGUGGAACCGCCGGAAUCCUUCUCACUUCGCUCAGUUGCUGAGACGGAGACACGGUUGCCAUGCCGAUUUGAUGCUCAGGGUGAGAGUAUCGUGCAGGUGAACUGGAAUAAGGUGCAAGCAGAUGGAACUACUGAGCUCAUCAUCACUGCUCACCAUACAGAGGGAACAGUGGUGGGCCGCUUGGCUACACGAGUGCGUUUCAGGUCAAAGGACCCCCUUUCCGAAUCUUCUCUUCUCAUCCUCAACACUGAAACAUCAGAUGAGGGACACUACACCUGCCAGGUCAUCACCUACCCUUCCGGAACCUUCCAGAGACCAAUCAGCCUCACCGUCUGGACGUCACCCAUCUCUUUAUUGGAACCUGUGAUUUUGGAGGAGGGGCAAACGUUUCGCGUUGCAGCCCUUUGUCGCUCUACAGCCCAUCCCCCACCUACCCUCUCCUGGGAUACUGACCUCCAAGGCCAAUCACAGAACAGGACGGGAGAGGGUGGGCGUGUCUCAUCCCAGUUUUCCCUGCAUCCUUUGCGGAACAUGAACGGCAAGAAGCUGGACUGCCUGGUGAGCCACCCAACUCUAGAGCGGCCCCACCGCAUCAGGAAUACCCUGGUAGUGCACUUUCCUCCGAAUGCUGUGGUCAGUGGUUAUGAUGGCAACUGGUUUGUUGGGCGGGAAGGGGUUGAAGUCACCCAGAGGUAG